AUGUCUCAAAUGGACAUUUCUACGAGAACGGACGAAGGAGUAUGGAGAAGCAAGCCGUCGUUUAUGACGUGGAGAGCGCGCGACGUCGUGUACGUUUUAAGACACCAUUGGAUACCGUGUCUGUUCGCGGCCGGAUUCUUGUUCGUCGUAAGCGUGGAGUCCUCGAUCAAGAUGGUUUCCGACAGUUCUCCGCCGCUCGAUAUUGGGUUUGUGGCCACGCGGUCUCUGCAUCGUCUCUUGGCUUCUUCACCGGAUCUGAACACCGGUUUGGCCGCUUUAAACUCGGUGUUAGGAGUGAUGCAAGUAUCGUAUAUUGCAUUGACAUGGUUAAUAGAAGGACGGCCACGAGCCACCAUCACUGCUUUAUUCCUCUUCACUUGUCGUGGUGUUCUCGGUUACUGUACUCAGCUUCCUCUUUCAAAGGAGUAUCUAGGAUCAGCAAUCGAUUUCCCGCUAGGAAACCUCUCGUUCUUCUAUUUCUUCUCUGGUCACGUGGCAGGCACGACCAUCGCAUCUUUGGACAUGAGGAGAAUGCAGAGGUGGAGACUUGCUAUGGUUUUUGAUAUCCUUAAUGUGUUACAGUCGAUCAGACUCCUCGCAACCAGAGGACACUAUACGAUCGAUCUCGCAGGUGGAGUUGCUGCCGCAAUUCUCUUUGAUUCAUUGGCUGGCAAGUACGAAGCGAAUACUAGGAAGAGACAAUUGUAG